GGGUGACGGGCGCUUCCCCGCCCGGAGCCGCCGCUGCUUCAGCCGCUGCCGCGGCCCCGCUGCCGCCCGGCCCGGCCCGGCCCCGGGGCGCCCCCGCCGGACCCUCCUGUGUGUCUCCCUGGCCGGCCCCCGUCGCGUCGCCCCGGCUCCUGUGGCUCAUCGGACGCCCCGGCCCGGCCAUGGCGGACUUCGAUGAGAUCUACGAAGAGGAGGAGGACGAGGAACGGGCGCUGGAGGAGCAGCUCCUGAAGUACUCCCCCGACCCGGUGGUGGUGCGCGGCUCUGGCCAUGUCACCGUGUUUGGACUAAGUAACAAAUUUGAAGCAGAAUUUCCUUCAUCUUUAACUGGAAAGGUUGCACCUGAAGAAUUCAAAGCCAGCAUCAGUAGAGUUAACAGUUGUCUUAAGAAGAAUCUUCCAGUUAAUGUGCGAUGGCUUCUAUGUGGAUGCCUUUGCUGCUGCUGCACUUUAGGUUGUAGUAUGUGGCCAGUUAUCUGCCUCAGUAAAAGAACACGAAGAUCGAUUGAGAAGUUAUUAGAAUGGGAAAACAAUAGGUUAUACCACAAGCUGUGCUUGCAUUGGAGACUAAGCAAAAGGAAAUGUGAAACGAAUAACAUGAUGGAAUAUGAAACAUUGUCAAACCCAAUGUUCUGCAGAUUCAAUUGGAAAAAACAUAAUGUCAUCCUUAUAGAAUUUUUACCAAAGACACCGAUUUUUCGACCGGAUUAGCAUUCAAUUUAUUUAUAGAGACUUAUUCAAGUAUGUUGUCUUUCCAAUGGUGCCUUGCUUGGUGCUCUCCUGGUAGUGACAUAACUUUGGUUCUACAGAAUCUUGUGGUGGUUUCAUUUGGUUUUUGUUUGUUUUGGGUUUUCAUGUUUGUUUGUUUUGGUUUAUUUUUUGUUGGUUAGUUGUUUUCUGUGUUUUUUUUUUUUAAAAUAAGAGUAUGUUCUAAGUGUAUUUGGUCAAACUCUGCAAAGUAAUUUCAUACAAAUGUUAAUUACUACUUAAGUUAUUUUUACUUUUGCUACUUCUGUUUAUUAAUGUAUCUUGAUUUUCAAAGGAGUCUUUUAUAUGUGUGCGCGCGAGUGUGUACAUAUAUAUAUUAUAUAAAUACACAGCUGAAAAUGAUAUACAAGUGAACAGGUAUUUUUUUAUCCCUAUAUGAUACAACUGGUUGACUGUAUCUUGUGUAAAUUCCUUUAGUCAUUCUGAAGCUGCUGAAGUUCCUUCUAAGAUAUUUGGAAGCUUCUGUCAGUGACUAGUCAAUUGUAAAUACUUUUAUUUCUUUUUUGGGAUAUUGACUAGUCUCUUCCCGCAAAAGGAGACAAAGUUCUUUUUGAAACUGUGAUUUUUGGAAUCCAGAUAUUGUUAGUAGAAAUCUAUGCUUUUCAUGAAGAAGUCCUGUCAACUGAUUCUGAAAAAGUUUGGCUUAAAAAAAUUUUAAAAAAAUAAGGCAGCCAAGUGGAAUAAUUUUACUCAGACUAGACAAAUCACUGAGAGCAUUGCAUGCAUCUGGUUAGUAGAACUCAAGAUCACAAAAGUAUAUUAUUUUUGCAUUUUAUAAUGUAGCUGUUUUAACUCAGUCAGUUGCCAUGUGCCAGCUUUAUUCAUACUGUUUACCAGAUCUUGUACACAGGGGUGAAGAAGGACUUGUUUUAGUAAAACUUAAUUGCCCAAGAAAACCUUUCAUGGCUGUUUUUUUGUUUAUUUUAAAGCCACAGACGCAGGAAAAAAGUUACUGAAUUCUUGAACAGUGUAGUUCCAGAUGCAAAUGCCAUAUAUUAAAGUAAUCAAAGUAGGGUGCACUGGGCAACCUAUGUUUAAAUGCGUUAGGCAGUUAUUUAUUGCACCCUUUCAUUUGCUCAUUUUGGUUUACAAGGUUUAUUUUCUGCACAAGUGUAAGACUUUUUUUAACUGCUUAUAUGAUGUAUGCUUGGGUCAGGCCAGUUGUAUUUCAUUUCUUCUGAUUAUACUUUAGUUUUACAUAUCUUCACACAUAGCUUUUGGGGUUUUUUACUUGCAACUCUCAUAACUGUAAAAUUUACUUAGGUGUCUGAAAUUACUGUACACAAAAUUGAUGUAAGUUAAGAACAUGUUCCUUGUACAGUUGUGUUAGCAAGCAAUAAUGUGAAUAUAUUAAAAAAACAGAUAUACUCUGCUUAA